GACAGUGGCAGCGCUGGAUCACGGCAUGACAGUGCAACAGUAGAGUCUCCACUUCAGUGCACUUCCACUGAGCUAUCUCCACUGAGCUGUGUCACUAUCCAGACAGACAGAAAGAGACAGAGAGAACGAGAGAGCACCAGUAACAGUGAGAGCGCCGGGCUGGAGAGGAACGGAGAGUCAGGACUGGAGUGCAGGGGAGACGACAGAAGAGUUUGACAGAGAUCCGGGAGGAGGGGGGCAAUCAAGAGCGUGAAGAAGAAGCGGAGGAGUCAGGAGUCUGAGGAUGCACGGAGCUAACAGGAGGAGCUGCUGAGCGUGCAGCAGCAGCAGCAGCAGCCCGGGCACACUUACACACUCACACACAUAUACAUACACACACCUCCCAGGGAAGGACAGUGUGUUGUGCCCCCAGUGGAGGAUGAAGAAGCACUCAGCCCGAGUGGCUCCUCUCAGCUCGUACAGCACUCAGGUCCUGACCUGCCCCAUCUCUGAAGGAGAGGAUGGUUCAGAGUCUCAUGCAGAGACACCGGGCAGCGAGACCAGUGGAGAGAGCCGGUCCUAUCAGACAUGUACCAACACAGCUCUGAAAGUGCUGGGUGGUCUGCUGCUGGUGCUGUGCGUCUCCUCCUCCUGGGUGGGCACCACUCAGGUGGUUAAGCUGACCUUCCAGUCGUUUUCCUGCCCCUUCUUCAUCUCCUGGUUCAGCAGCAACUGGAACAUCCUCUUCUUCCCCAUCUACUACUCCGGACUUGUGGUCACCACACGGGAGAAGCAGACUCCCAUACAGAAAUUCAGGGAGUGCAGCAAGCUCUUUGGGGAGGAUGGGAUGACGCUCAAGCUUUUUGUAAAGAGAACAGCACCCUUCUCAAUCCUGUGGACACUGACCAACUACCUGUACCUCAUGGCCUUGAAGAAACUGACCGCCACUGAUGUCUCUGCCCUCUACUGCUGCCACAAGGCCUUCGUCUUUCUCUUGUCCUGGAUUGUUCUCAAGGACCGUUUCAUGGGUGUUCGGAUUGUGGCAGCCAUCAUGGCCAUCACAGGUAUUGUCAUGAUGGCCUAUGCUGACGGUUUCCAUGGUGAUUCCUUUGUGGGUGUGGCACUGGCUGUGGGUUCGGCCUCCACAUCAGCUCUCUACAAGGUGCUGUUCAAGAUGUUCCUUGGCAGUGCUAACCUUGGAGAAGUGGCUCACUUCCUCUCAACAAUGGGCUUCUUCAAUCUCAUCUUCAUCUCCUGUGUGCCCCUCAUCCUGUACUUCACCAAGGUGGAGCACUGGGGCUCACUGUCCUCGCUGCCCUGGGGAUACCUGUGUGGAAUGGCAGGACUGUGGCUGGUGUUCAACAUCUUGGUCCAUGUUGGUGUGGUGCUGACGUACCCCAUUCUCAUCUCAAUAGGGACACUGCUCAGUGUGCCGGGCAAUGCAGCCGUAGAUGUUUUGAAACAUGAGGUGAUCUUCAGUGUGGUGCGUCUGGCAGCCACCUGCAUCAUCUGCCUGGGCUUCCUGCUCCUGCUGCUGCCAGAAGAGUGGGACUCAGUCACGCUGCGUUUCCUGGCCACCAUUGCAGACAAGAAGUCAGAGGAACACGGCGAAGAGCUCACAGAGUCCAGCGUCCACACUCGAAGCCGCAGUCGAGCAAACGGCACUGUCUCCAUUCCCUUGGCGUGACAUGGCUGAGUUCUGCUAGUCUUGAAGCACUGUCUGCUCAUGUUCCUCCACAGCCCGCCCAGGAGGUGUGGCGGGAUGUUCGGUCCACAUGGACUCUCUAUCAGGAAGACAGAAAGUAUUGUCUUGAACUUCACUGUGGUGAUGCACCUCUGUCUCCAUCACUUCACUACAGGAGGAGAAAAGGAGGACAUUCAUGGAUUUUACUAACUGAAAGGGUGGAAAGUGUUAUUUACUUUCUUGAAAUACUCGCCACGCUCAGUCCUGUUCCUCGCACGCACCCAAACCAAGAGCUGACUGGCCUCCCCUGACCUGCUCUGCGGACUGUAUUCUGUGAAUAUAAAUAUUGGCAGGGCCACUUUGGCUCAAUCUUAUAUGUAUUUAUGAUAUUUAUUUAGAGCUGUAUCAAUAAGAGUGUUAUUUUAAGUCUUAUUGAAUAGUAUUAAAUGAAAGAAUGGCAAUUAUACUAUGCGUAAU